AUAGAGGUUCAGUUGUGUAUGAUACCUCUUCAGUAGAUCACCACCACCACCACUACUACUACUACUAUCUACCACAGCAACAACAACUACUACUACUACUACUACUACUACUACUACUACUACUACUACUGGUAUCGUCUACUGCUACUCUUUCUCCUAUUGCACCUGUGUUCUCCAAUCAACAGCCGCCACGCCCUCACCUCACCUGCACGUCAAGAUGCGGGCCGCACGUGGGCGGUGGCCCGGCCUCUCCUUGCUUCUGCUGGUGGCGCUGUUGGCCUGCCCCUGCUACGCUGCCGGGCUCUCCUUAGCAGGGGAGACUCAGGAAGUGGCAUAUGAAACAUGGGAAGCUAUAGAUUCAGAAGAUGGAUUAUCGAACAGCACAGAUACGGAAACGGCCAGCACAGAUGCAGAAACGAAUAGCACAGAUGUAAUAACGACCAGCACAGAUGCAGAAACGAAUAGCACAGAUGUAAUAACGACCAGCACAGAUGCAGAAACGAAUAGCACAGAUGUAAUAACGACCAGCACAGAUACGAGUGAUGGAUCAUCGACCACUAAGAAGCCGAACACUGAACCAACGUCAGAUGGCAGCACCCCGACAGGCGACACCAAACCGCCCACAAACAACCCCACCACCACAACACCCACCCCGCCUCAUGAUGACCUAACCCUCUAUGAGUACACGAAGGAGGAACUGAAUGUCACAGCAGAGAUAUUAGCGAAAUGCAGCAGCCUAGCGUCAAGCAAGAGAAGCAGUACUGGAAGCGUGAUGGACUCUCCUGCAGGCUGGUGGAAGCUGAAGAAAGAGCAGACGCAGGAAGUGAUAUCUUCAACCAUUGAUAAUUUUUGUAUAAACGAUACUUCUCCUGAAUGCGAUAAACUAUACACGAACCUGUCUGAUAUAAUGAAGCUGCUGACGAGUCUGACUGCAAACGUGGAUGGCUGGACACUGGAAGACCUGGAUGAUCUCACAGGGAAGAAUGGAGAGUUGGAAGAUGCUUACCAGGCCGCUACAGACGUUUCAAACUUCGAGAAUCUUAUAGAUAAUGCAACGUUCCAGAAUGUGAUUAGUGAUAUGCAGGAGGAAGUGAAGAGGAGUCGGGAGAAAGUGAACACCAAGAUCAGUGACAUCAAGAAAGACCAGACGGGCUCAGUGGUGCUGGUGGCGGUCAUCGGAAGUCUUGGGGGCAUCAUGGUCGUCAGUAUUGCUGGCGUCAUGAUCUACAGCGCCGCUAAGAAGAAGAAGAUGAAGAAAGAAUCGUCCACCACGCCAUACAAUAAGGUAAGGGUUUGUAGUGGCAGUAGUGGUGGUAGUGGUGGUGGUAGUAGCAGUGUAAUUGAAGGAGUAACAAUAAUGCUCUUCUUACAGCUGCAGGGAGAGAACAUUCCUAUUGAUGCAUUCCUGUCAGACGGGCCGAGGGCAGACCCGUACACAAGCCAGUCGCCGCCCCACAGCAGAGGCGAUCCCUAUCCGUCCCCGUACAGCGGCAGGAGUGAACCUAUGCCGAGAGUCACCAGAAUAGGAAAGGCUCUCCCUAGGACACACUUUUAAGGAGAAAUGCAACUCUUUUUUUUUUUUUUUUUUUGUUUAACCAUGUACCAUGACGCGUUUCCAUAUCCAUCCAGUUUACUGUUUAGUUAUUCAAAACAGCUUCAGAAACUUAUGUGGUGGGUUAGAAUAGUAAAGACUCUGGCUAUUAAUAUUUUGAAUUCCAUAAAACCUUCCUAAUGUAAAUAAAAUCGUCUUAUCACACUAAAAGCUCAUGGCAAAUAUGCGUCCCAGUACUGAAGGGGUUAAGGAUGUGUUUACUGUGUUGAAAUGUUCUGUUCUCUCAAUAAUGCCUGCGCAAAGAGGACAAGCAGCCACCAUAGCACCAAAGGGUCCUUCCAGAUUACAAUCUUAGCGAAGAAUACAGAAAUAUGAUACGUAAAUAAAAAUAGUAAUAAUUA